AUGGACGAUCUGAUCAAUCACUUUAAAACCCAUGACACAUCCCCUUUUUCAUGUGAUAUAUGCUUCAAAAUGUUUACACUUCGAACCAAUCUAUCCAAACAUAUUCGAAAUGCUCACAUUUCCGACAGUCAUACUCAUCAAUGCCGCGACGCCACGCAAAUGGGUGCCCAACUCCAACCAACAGUUCGCUCUACGGUUAUACACUGGUCACCCCCCGCUCCAACAUCUGACGUUCAACAACUAGCUAUACAGCCUGUGACGGUCGCUGCAACAGGUCAAGUGCACACAACCCUCGCGUCUCGUGUUCCAACACUCGACCACCUACAGGGUACCGCAACCACCUCUACUGCAACAGUUUAUGGAGGGGCGCCGUCAUUGAUGCCAUGGCGUUAUUCCGAGUAUUCGAUUGAAAAUAAUAAGAUACAAAAGGACAGUAUACAAUCGGUGAAUAUGGGCGGCUUUAUCGAAAUCGAUUCAUCGCUUCAACGCAUGAGCGUAUGGUAUUUUAGAAAAAAUUUUUACAAUAUCACCAGUUUUCGCAUUUUUCUACACUCCAUAGAGUCGGAAUUGAUUGAAAAAUUAAGAGAACGUGUGGGUGUUCACCCAAUUCAAUACGAUCUCAAGUUGGAGGCCACCUAUGUCAUAACUAAAGAAGUAAACAAUAUCACCGAAAACCACUCGUUUAAAACUCCAGCUAGACAAUUAUUUGUGUACAGUAACGUCGCGGGUUUGGUCGAUUGCGAUUUUACUCUUCUUCUCACCAAAGAAAACAUUUUCUCUGGUAAAUAUAGCGGGGUCGCCUUUAUAUCGUAUUUUGGUGGACUGACCUUGGGCGUGCACCAGUACGACCCACCGAUAGUUAUGUGGUCAUACUUGACGUUGCCCGCAAGUAUUAUAUUUCAAAGGGCGGUCAUUAACCCACAAAGCAUUGAUCAGCAGUGCUUUAAGUGGGCUAUUCUGGCGAGACACGUAUCAAAGUACCGUCAUCGAGUAAGCACGAAUUAUUUUAACGAAGAGCACCGUUACGACUUUUCCGUGUUAUCCGUCCCCACGACUGUAUCGGAGAUAACAUUGUUCGAGCGAGCGAAUCCAGGUACGUCCGUAAACGUAUACAGUCUGAAAUAUAAUAGAACAUUGUCGACAAAACUGUUGGUGUACCCGCUGCGAGUGACCGACGAAGAGAUGCCAAAUCAUUUUGACUUGUUGUUGAUCGCUGGCCCGGAAAACCAACUUCAUUAUACAUACAUUUCAAACUUCUCGCGGCUCGUUAGUUCACAAAUAAAUAAAUGUAAUCGUCCUAUAGUUUGUUGCAAAAAGUGUUUCAAAACUUUUGACUCCAGGCCUAAGAAAUAUGCAUUUUGUGGUUCCGAAGCACUAGCACAGCAUCGCUUGGUAGGUAACUGUGUUUUCAAUCCAAAUACUGCAUUAAUGCCAUUUUCACCCAAUUCAUGA